CUCUCCCAUCAGGAAGAGCCGAAGAGCAAAUCCAAGGUGUGCGCCAAUGUGUUCUGUGGAGCCGGCCGGGAGUGCGCCGUCACGGAGAAGGGAGACCCCACCUGUCUGUGUAUUGAGAAAUGUAAGUCCCACAAAAGACCCGUCUGCGGCAGCAACGGCAAAACCUACCUGAACCACUGCGAGCUCCACCGAGACGCCUGCCUGACCGGCUCCAAGAUCCAGGUGGACCAUGAUGGUCACUGCAAAGCUUCUAUGAACUCUUCAUUCUUUACCUGCACAGUUGUGUGUUACCAGGCCGAUCGCGAUGAGCUGCGCCGACGCAUCAUCCAAUGGCUGGAGGCUGAGAUCAUCCCAGACGGCUGGUUCUCCAAGGGCAGCAACUACAGCGAAAUCCUCAACAAAUACUUCAAGAACUACGACGAUGGCGACUCCCGCCUGGACUCUGCCGAAUUCCUGAAGUUCCUGGAACAGAACCAGACCGCCAUUAACGUCACCACCUACCAGGACCAGGAGGCCAACAAGAUUCUGAAGGGUCUGUGCGUGGAGGCUCUUAUUGAACUGUCGGAUGAGAAUGCAGACUGGAAAUUGAACUUUAACGAGUUCCUGAAGUGCCUGAACCCCAGCUUCAACCCUCCGGAGAAAAAGUGUGCCCUGGAGGAUGAGAAGUAUGAAGACGGAGCGGAGACCCAGGUGCAGUGUAACCGCUGUGUAUGCGCCUGCGGGAACUGGGUGUGCACCGCCAUGUCCUGUGAAGGUAAGUGA